AAGAACAAAACACAAUUUCUUUGUCUGCUAAUAUAUAACGCUUCAGGAAAGAACACUGUCUGUCUUCUCUAAUCCACUCUUGUAACUUUUGCCCUUUUUAUUCUCUGUCAACUCCUCGUUUUUCUUGCCCCCCCUCUUUUUCUUGGCGACUGAUCUCCAUGCACCAGCAGCAGCAGGAUUUUAUUAAACGACUUCGUGGUAUCACUGCCCGAAGCAGUAAUUAUAACUCCUCUAACUCCAAUUCCAUUGCUGCAAAUCCCAUGUUGUCUUUAGGGUUUGAAGAUUCAAAGAUGAUGAUCAAAGCUGGUGAUGAAGAUGAUCAUGACGGUGGAAGAAGUAUGGGUAAUUUAUUUGUGGGUGAUGGCUGCUGCAUUGAAGGAGGACUACUACUUUGUGAUAAUGCCGCAACAGGAGGAGGCUGCAGCAGCAAGAUCAGCUUGAAGAAACAUCAUGGAGAAAAACAACCUAGUGGAAGUUUCAUCAGGGCAAACAUGGAUUAUUACAAGCAGUCGAAAUCUUGCGCCAGGGGGCACUGGAAGCCUUCAGAGGAUGCAAUGCUCAAGGAGCUUGUUGCAUUGUACGGCCCGCAGAACUGGAAUUUGAUUGCUGAGAAACUUGAUGGAAGAUCAGGUAAAAGCUGCAGAUUGAGGUGGUACAAUCAGCUAGACCCGAAGAUCAACAAAAGGGCAUUCACAGAAGAAGAGGAAGAAAAACUGUUGGAGGCUCACGGGGUUUAUGGCAACAAAUGGGCGUUGAUUUCCAGGCUUUUUCCAGGGCGGACAGACAACGCUGUGAAGAACCAUUGGCACGUUCUAAUGGCGAGGAGAUUGCGGGAGCAAUCGAAGCCCUACAAUAGGAAGAAAUUGAUCUGUAAUGGUCAGGCAAGCAACUGCGAUUUUUUUGCAAAGAACCACGAUGAGGGGCAGAUUUUAGGGUUUACUUACGACAACGUUGUCGGAGGCAUUUCGGGAGUCAAUCUAUACUCUGGGACUUUUGAGAACGAAAAUGGUUCCUGGAACGUUAACAGACAAAUUACAGAAGAGGAUUCAAGAACCAGCGUGGGAUCGCCAUGGCAGUGCUCCUUUGCUGCUGCACCAGUGUCGUCAUUUCCAUCAUCAUCAGCUGCAGAUGAUCAGUUACCUGAUUUUAUGCAGAUCAGCACUGCACCACCACCACCACCACCACCACCACCAACGUUCAUAGAUUUUCUUGGAGUUGGAGCCAUCUGAUGUACACUAACCCCACCAGAAAAAUUCGACAUUAAUUAAGGUUUCACGGAUGAUGAGAUAUAUGAUCAUGUAAUAUGAUGAAGCUGAUAUCUGCAUUCCAUGUGAGUCGAAUAAUAACUAGUACUAGUAGCUAGCUUAAUUAGAUAGCAGUACCUCAAAU